AUGUGGGAGGAGGGUGGCUACUUAACCUGGAGAAAGGAAGGGAAGGCAAGGCUGAAGUGGGAGAGCCUGAACUUGACGAUCUUCUCCCACAGCCGGGAGAAUCGGGAAGUUGUAGAGAGGAACACAUUGAGGCUUGACCCCAAGUCAAUUCAGCGAGCACUUGUUAAGUGCCUGCUGUGUGCCAUUCUCGGGCUAACCCCGGUGGUACAAGAAAGGCCAGGAAGAAAGUGGUUUGAUAGCAGUUUCAGUCUGAAAUCAAAUUCUGAUAGAUACUUGAAAGUUCCAACAGAAGAGUUACCUCAUCUUUGCGAUAUAUGUGGCCAAAGCUUCAAAAAAAAUUCAGACUUAAUUAGCCAUCAGAGAAUCCAUACUGAAGAAAAACUUUAUAAAUCUAAUGUAUAUGAAAGUGUACUCAGGAAGAACUCUGCUCUUUAUGGAUAUCAAAGAAUUCACAGUGGACAGAAACCUUUUCUGUGUAAGGAAUGUGGGAAAACUUUUAGUCAGAGUUCUAACCUUAUUGAUCAUCAGAGUACACACACUGGAGAAAAACCCUAUGAAUGUAAUGAGUGUGGAAAAGCCUUCAGUUUGAAUUCAAAUCUUAUUAAGCAUCAGAGAAUUCAUACUGGUGAAAAACCUUAUGAAUGCAAAGAAUGUGGGAAAGCCUUCAGUGAAAGUUCUAAUCUUAUUAAACACCAGAGAAUUCACACUGUAGAAAAGCCCUAUGAAUGCAAAGAUUGUGAGAAAGCUUUUAGUCAAAGCUCACACCUUAUCAGACACCAGAGAAUUCAUAUUGAAGAACUGCGAUAUGAAUGUAAGGAAUGUUAUAAAUUCUUCUAUGUAUGCUCAUCUUUUAUUCAACAUCAAAUAAUUCAUUCUAUACAGAAGCCCUAUGAGUGUAAUGAAUGUGGGAAAUUUUUCAACCAGAACUCUAACCUCAUUAAGCACCAGAGAAUUCACACUGAUGAAAGACCAUAUGAAUGUAAUGAAUGUGGGAAAACUUUUAGUAUCCAUUCAUCUUUUAUUCGGCAUCUUAAAAUUUACACUGGUGAGAAACCCUAUGAGUGUAAAGAAUGUGGAAAGACAUUCAACCAGAAUUCUAAUCUUAAUAAGCAUCAGAGAAUUCAUACUGGGGAAAAACCUUAUGAAUGUAAUGAAUGUGGAAAGAGAUUCAACCAGAAUUCUAAUCUUACUAAACAUCAAAAAACUCACAUUGCACAGAAACCCUUUCAUUGUAAUGAUUGUGGAAAAGUCUUCAGUAUAAAUUCAUUAUUUCUUCAGCACCAGAGAAUGCAUAGUAAAGAAGAUCCUAAUGAACAAAAUGAAUAUGAAAUACCAUUUGAGUGCAACAAAUGUGGGAAAGCCUUCAGUCAAAAUGGAAACCUUAUGAGACAUCAGAGAUUUCACAUUGGUGAGAGGUCUUUUGAGUGUAAUGAAUGUGGAAAAACCUUCAGUCUGAGUUCUAACCUCAUUAAAUACCAGAACAUUUCUGGAGUAAAAUGUGAAUGUAAUGAAUGUGGAAAAAUCUUCAAUGAGAGCUCUAAUUUUAUUAAACAUCAGAGAAUUCACAAUGGGGAAAACUAUGAUUAUAAUUCUCACUGAUUGCUCAAAACAAUUCAUCAUAAAAUUCAUACUAGACAACAUGAGUAGUACUGACUUACUAUUUCCAUUCAGUAUAGGACCCUUAAAUAAAAUAAAAUUGAGAAAGCCUUCUAAGGUCAACUUAGAGCUCUAAAGCAGCCUUAUUAGAGAUAAAUCCUGUAGUAAAAUUGCAAAUUUGUGACUUCAUUUUGCUAAUUCAGCUCACAAGGAUAUUUGUUGACUUCUUGGUGAGCUCCCCCUGUAAUUUGUAUUCUUAAUAUGACUUUUUCGUCAGACAAAUGAAAAUUGGCCCAUUACUAAAAUCUUUAUGAAUUUAAUUAUAAAAUCAUAAGAUUUAGAGCUAGAAGGAACCUUUAGAGAACAUAUAGUUUAACUGCUUAAUUUUUUAGAAAUAAUGACAAAGGGAUAGAGAAAUUUAGUAACCUGCCUAGAGUCAUAUGGAAGGUAAAUAGUAGGGCAAAGAUUCAAACCUAAUUCCUAUCUCCAAAAUUCAAUUUUUUUAAAUAACUUUCCAAAAAAAAUUUUUGGACACUCCACUAUAUCUUGACAUUAUUAAAAAAAAAAAGUAUAAGGAACAAAUGUGACUAAAACAAAUACCGUUAGGCCCAUUUAAACACUGAGUUUCAAGAUACUGUAAUAUGAUUUUUCAAAAGUUUUAUUUUAAGAGACAAUAAUAAUAAUAACUGACAAUUUUAGAAAUUUUAAGGUUUGAAAAAUAUUUUCCAUACAUUAUCUUGCUUGACUUGGAACAACAAUCAACCCAGUGAGGUAUAGACUAGGUAUUAUUAUUUUCGAAGAGGAAACAGGAUAGAGAAGUUGUGACUUAUCCAUUGACACACAGCCAGAACAUGUCAAAUAGGAUUCAAACCAAGUCUUGACUCCAAGCUUAUUAUUACACUAUGCUGACUCUAUAAUGUUAAUUUUUAAUAUCCUAUUUCUGUAUCUUCUCUGAUGAAGAAACUUUUUUUCAUUUACUAUGGUAAACAAUUUUUUUCCCUACAUACAUUUUGUUUUCAAAAUGUUUUGCUUUGUUGGAGGACUAAUUUUCCUUAACUGAGGGCACUUGUAUUUGAAUCCACGGUUAGGGCCAUUAAGCUGUUAAAAAUAACUGGUAUUGAGACAUGUAGCUUCACUUAAAUCAUAGAGUAGAUGAGAUUACAAAGUAAUAUGGGGAUAAAAAGGAAGUGAGAAACGAACACUUUUUCAUUGGAGAAUAAGGGACGAGAAGUAGUUCCAAAAAUGAUUCCCUAAGCUCAUAUAGUGUUAUUGUGGAAAAGCAGGGGUAAAGGCUUUGAUAUUAGGUUGGACUGACUCCAUAUCUACUGUUCUUUCAUUGCACCACCUGAAUCCCUGAAGAUUUGGGUUUAGGACCCAGCUAUCUAAUGUACUUGAAAGUGUGUGCGUGUGAAAAAGGAUGGAAUUUGGUGUCCCCUUUUUCCCAACUAAUUGAUAUAAAGUAAGGAGGCAAAUAACAGAGCUAAGGAGAUACUUAUUUAGUAGCGCAAAGAAUUCAUUCUGUCAUGCCUGUGUGAACUGGAAGUGGAGUUUGGCAUCGACAAACCUUAGUGAUACCUUUUGAACAGCUGAGGAAUUCAUGGCAGGGAUCAGCUUUGUGGAAUGUGACCCCUGUGCCUCUCCCGGUGGACAGAGAGGGAGAGGAGGUUCUCUUCUCAGCAUCCCUCCAGCAGCACCACCAUUGGCUAUGAUCAUGGUCUUGUAGUGGAGCUACUUGUCCAGCCUAGCAGGAAACACCACCUCCAUCAGAAAAAGGAGUUCAGUUGAACAUCCAAGAAUAUAGAAUCUUAAUACUUCAUUGUCUCUGAUAUCUGUCCUUUUCUAAGCUUACAUCAGUUAGAAGGGAGGGCAAUGAAACAGACUCCUAUCCCCUCAGAAAUCUCUCUAGUUAUAUGAACAUAAACACCUCCCUGAAACUGUUCCCUUAUUUGUAAAAUAAUAUUUUGUCUACUUGUAGAGUUGCUGUGGGCAAAUCACUUAAAUCCUUAAAAUUUGCCCCCAAAAGGGCAAAUCCUUAAAACACUAUACAAAUGUGAAAUAAUACAACUCCUAAUAUUAUUAAUAAAUGACAUAUAAGGGAUUCGAAGCAUUUUGUUAACCCUAAAGUGCUAUAUACAUGCUCUUAGUUGGACUGAAGCACUGGAACGUAUACCAAUUCUAAAAUUAGGGUUUUAUUAAAUUUUAAAGGUUUAAAAUUAUGUAUGGGUUCUUAGGCAUUUCUUUUCAUAGUUACCCUAAAAGACAAUAUAUACAUAUAUACUGUCAUAUAUAUACAAAUAUAUACAUAUGUAUAUGCA